ACUACGGACAACAAGCUAGUUAGCGGCCGUUGGAAACAAAACAGAGCGAGUUUUACCGAUUCUUUAUCAAACCUUCACUCUGUUUGGUCGGGUUCGUGCCUAAACGGCUCGUUUUCCAGUUUCGACUGUUUGCCGUGCUCAUACAAAAGCUCAAAGUUUGCUAGUAAAGAUGGGGGUGCCGAAAUUUUACCGCUGGAUUUCUGAACGCUAUCCUUGUCUCAGUGAAGUUGUCAAAGAACACAAGAUUCCAGAAUUCGACAACCUUUAUCUGGACAUGAAUGGCAUCAUCCACCAGUGCUCUCACCCAAAUGACGAAGAUGUCCAUUUUCGCAUCUCCGAGGAGAAGAUCUUUGCGGACAUUUUCCAUUACCUGGAGGUACUGUUUCGGAUCAUCAAGCCACGCAAGGUCUUCUUCAUGGCUGUGGAUGGUGUGGCACCAAGGGCAAAGAUGAACCAGCAGAGAGGACGCAGAUUCAGGUCCGCCAAAGAAGCAGAGGAGAAGAUUAAAAAGGCUCUGGACAAAGGAGAGGUUCUUCCAACAGAAGCUCGCUUCGACUCCAACUGUAUCACUCCUGGCACCGAUUUUAUGGCGAGACUACAGGAACAGCUCAAGUACUUUGUCCACAACAAGGUGUCUACAGACAAGCUGUGGCAAAACGUCAAAGUCUUCUUGUCGGGUCAUGAGACACCGGGUGAAGGAGAACAUAAGAUCAUGGAGUUUAUCCGUUCUGAGAACGCCAAACCGAAUCAUGAUCCCAACACCCGACACUGCCUGUAUGGGCUGGAUGCUGACCUGAUCAUGUUGGGUUUAACCAGUCAUGAGCAUAAUUUCUCCCUGCUCAGAGAGGAAGUCCGCUUUGGAGGAAAAAAAUCCCAGAAAAGAAUAACGGCUCCAGAGGAGACGACUUUUCACCUGCUGCAUCUGUCUCUGAUGAGGGAGUACAUCGACUACGAGUUCUCAGAGCUAAAGCAUCAUAUGGGUUCUGAUUAUGAUCUGGAGCGAAUAAUAGACGACUGGAUUUUAAUGGGGUUCCUUGUAGGAAAUGAUUUCAUUCCUCACCUCCCUCAUCUUCACAUUAAUCAUGAUGCUUUGCCGUUGCUGUACAAAACUUACGUCAGUGUACUACCCAGCCUGGGGGGUUACCUGAAUGAGAAUGGCUACUUAAACCUCAGAAAUUUUGAGAAAUACCUGGAGAAACUUUCUGAGUUUGACCGGGAACACUUUAGCGAGGUGUUUGUAGACUUGAAGUGGUUCGAGAGUAAAGUCGGCAACAAAUACCUGAACGAGUCGGCCGGUCUGGCAGCCGAGCAGGAAGCGGCGAUCCGAGCUGGGAGAAAGACGAAGGACUCUUCUAUUCAUCUCACCACCUUGACCUCAUCGGAAAAAGUGACUGAACAAGAAAAAGAAGACAUGGCAGAUGAUGAUGAGGAAGAGGAGGAGGAAGAAAAAGAUGAGAUGUUUGAAACAGAGUUCAGACAAUACAAACGGACAUACUAUAUGACCAAGAUGGGCGUGGAUGUGGUGUCUGAUGAAUUUCUCGCCAAGCAAGCCAAAUGCUAUGUGGAAGGCAUCCAGUGGAUUCUUCACUACUACUACCAUGGUGUUCAGUCGUGGAGCUGGUACUAUCCUUUCCACUACGCCCCGUUUCUUUCUGACAUCCGAAACAUAUCAGAGUUGAAGCUGACCUUUGACCUUGGGAAACCCUUCAUGCCUUUCCAACAGCUGUUGGCUGUCCUGCCUGCUGCCAGCAAGGAGCUGCUCCCAGAGGGCUACAGGGACUUGAUGACCAGUCCAAACUCUCCCAUUAUCGAAUACUAUCCUCUUGACUUCAAAACUGACCUCAAUGGAAAGCAGCAGGAGUGGGAAGCUGUGGUGCUCAUUCCAUUCAUAGACGAGACGUGCCUUUUAGCAGCUAUGGAGCCUUUCAGUUCCGAACUGACGAGGGAAGAGAAGGCCAGGAACCGACACUCAGAGUGUGCCAUGUACUCCUACGACCCAGACAUGGACUUCACAUACGCCUCCUCCCUGCCGCAGCUCUUCCCAAACAUCGUCCAUUGUCAUGCCAGGGAAGUCCUGAUCCCCCUGGAUGCCUGGCAUGUGCCAUCAGACCACGUCAGCAAGCGCGUCGACCGAUCGACUUUAUACUUCUGCGGUUUCCCCACUCUGCACCACAUCAAGCACAAGUUUUAUAAGAAGAAGAGCGGAGUGGUCGUGUUCCAGCAGAGCAGCAGAGGAGAAAACAUGAUUCUGGACAUCCUUCCCAGUCAGGAUGGGGAAACGAUAUGUGAUCAUGUUGCUGCAGACCUUUUGGGGAAGCCUGUGUUUGUCAACUGGCCCCAUCUAGAGGAAGCUCGUGUUAUUGCAGUAUCGGAUGGAGAAACCAAAUUUGCUCUAGAGGAGCCUCCUGGAGUCCAACAAGUGUAUGACAGGCCGUCCAGUCCUCCACCCACUAAAGUAUCUUAUCUGUCUGACAAAGAGCAGAAGGACUGGGUGAAGGAUGUCCAGGGAAUCACUGAACAUUUCUUCAAAAGGAAAGGCAUCGCAGUGAACGAGACAACCGUGCUUUUGUACGGUCAGAUGCUGACAGGAAGGAAGUAUGUCCCUAAAGCCAGUGGAGUGGUGGAGCUGGAGAAACAGUGGGCCAAACAGGUUCUCCCAUUCGCCUACCAGACUGUGGUUAAGGAUAUCGAGGCCUUUUAUUCGUAUCUGACCUGCUUUAAGAGUUUGGAUGAACUUUUUCCUCCAUCAACGACAGUCUUCAUGGUGGGAAGCCCUUACUAUGGUGCCAUGGGAGAGGUUCAAGACUCUCAAGAUGUAAUCAAAGACGGUCGGAUACGGGUGGUUUUCAGCGUGCCUCAUGAGCCGCAGCUGGAACACUUAAUCCAGAAUCAGCAUAAAUACUCGGUCAAGUACUGCCCAGGCUACGUCCUGGCUUCCCGCCUCAGCGUCAGCAGCUACCUCGUCUCCCGCUUCUCGGGAAGCAUCUUCAUCGGCCGGGGCUCCAAGAAGAAUCCAUGCGGGGAGCAAAGAGCUAACGUUGGGCUUAACCUGAAGUUCAACAAGAAGAACGAGGAGGUUCCUGGGUACACCAAGAGAACUGAGAAAGAGUGGCUGUACUCUGCUGCUGUGGAGGAGCUGCUUGCUGAAUACCUGGACAGAUUUUCUGAAGUUUUUGAUGCAGUGUCCAGAAACAGUCACGACGACGUGUUCUACGAAGACGACAUCUGGCCGGCAGCGGAUCAGAACGGGGCGGAGAAGGUGGCUGAAAUCACCUCCUGGUUGAAAAGUCAUCCAGUCAGCUCCACCAGCAGGGCAUCAUGUGACCUCCAGGUUCUGGACUCCGCCAUUGUGGAGAAGAUCGAGGAAGCCGUGGAAAAGACCAAGAUGAAGAAGAGCACCAAGAAAGUCCGUGUGACGGUCAAGCCUCAUCUCCUGUUUCGGCCCCUGGAGCAGCAGCAGGGCGUGGUCCCGGACCCCGACGCCGAGUACCGACUGUUUGACAGAGUCGUCAACAUCAGGGAGAGCUUCACCGUCCCACUGGGACACAGAGGGACGAUCAUCGGCAUUAAAGGAGCGGACCGUGAGGCUGAGGUUCUCUAUGAGGUUCUGUUUGAUGAGGAAUUUGCUGGAGGUCUUAACAUCAGGUGUGUCUCCCCCCGCGGUUACCGCCUCCCUCCCUGCGCUCUCAUCAACCUGUCCCACGGCACCCGGCUGGACCACGGCUCUCACAAACUCACCGCCAUCGUCAAACCGCAACCGGCCACCAGCGCCAACUUCAGCAUGCAGCGCCUGGCGGGCCUGAAUCACUCGCCUCGCUCGCCCUUUGUACCCACACAGCACAAGAACCCCGUGGCGUCUCAGGGUAACAAAACCCCAUCUAAAGGUCCCAACCAGAGCCAACAAGCUAAGUCUAAAGAGGAGUACAGCAACGUGUGGCAAUCGCUCCAGAAGACCGGCCGUCCCAGCCAACCUCCAGCUCACUGGCACAAUGAUAUUCCAGCCGGUGGCAUCAGACUAUUAAAGAAAAAUGAAGACCUCAACUCCUUCUUCCCUCCAAAGAACACAGCUAAUAAGGGUACCACUGAGUUUGAGGAUCUCAUUGCAAACCUAAAGAUCUCCCAGGGCAACCAGCAAACGCCACCGCCUCCUGCCCCUCCGGAGGAACCCAGCAACCAGUCAGAUGGUCCGUUGUCCCCCCAGUCCUUCGCCAUGAAAGGAACCCUGGUUCUGAAGGAGAUGCUGAAGAUUGAUGGCGCUGGAAAAGGAAGUCCAACAUCCCAGGAGUCUGUAGACACAGCUCCCUCUGCUGGCCAGCAGCAGAACAGAAGGCGAUCAAGCAAGAAGCUGGCUGCAACAAUAAACAACCCUCCUGGGGAAUCAGUCACGCUGGCCUCUCCAGCGCCGGCUGCCUCUGCUCACGCUGCCCUGGGCGGGAAGGUGUCGGAGCUGGCUUGUUUCUGCGUGGGCGUGGGCAUGGCCCCGCCCGACUUCAGUUUUAUCCGCAACCGACAGGGUCCGGUAGUGUGUCAGGUGAAGCUGUCCAAUGGGUUAAUGAUUCACGGACCUCAGUGUCAGUCAGAAAAUGAAGCCAAGGAGAAAGCUGCCUUCUUUGCCCUCCAAAGACUGAACUCUCUGGGCUCUGGGUUCCCACUCCCUCCUCACCUAUAUCCGGGGAUAGCUCAGAUGCAGCCGCCGCCAAUGGGAGCCAUGCCGCCAGUCUUCAGCCAGCAAGGUGGUUUGCUGCUGUCCUCUCAGGGCUUCGGCCCCUCCCCUCUGUGGGGGAUGACCCUGCCUCCUCACCGCCACCCCACCCAGCCGUUCUACGCAGCACCCGGAACCUUCCCCGGCGCCGUCCACACACCGUCUCCCAACCCUCUACACGUUGGGUCACACAACCAGUUCAUCCCCUUACAGGUGACUAAAAAACGAGCAUCGGCCAACAAGAAGAACCAGGAAACCAGAGAGUUUUACAGCGCCGCCCAAACCGUUGCCAAGAACCAAUCCCAGAAGGCCCAGAGCUUUGCUCAGUCGCAAUCACAGAGCAGCAAACCACACCAGCCACACACACACCAGGCCAACAGCGACCCUGCCUCGUCCAGCCCCGGCCCGGCAGACGCCGUCUCCACGAAGACGGCGGUCCAACACGCGCCUCCCAGACAGAGCGGGCCCGCUGCAGGCCAUGCCCCUAGCUCCGCCUCCAAGAGGAAGCACAGGAAGUUAGCUGUUAACUUUGAGGCGACUAAAGUAUCAGAGUGAGCUGGGUCUGUGUUUCUGUAUGCUGGAGGGGGGAGGAAAAAAAUGUAUCUUUUUUUUUUCUUAAGUUUCUUUGAAUCAAAAACUCAUCAUCAUCUCUCUGCCAUUUUAGAACAGAAAGCGGGUGAUGGAAUUACAUUUUUUUUUCCCUUUUAAAAUUCGAUCCAGAUGAAAUCAGCAAAUCUCCCUGAGAUGCCUUUUUAAGCUUAGAUAUGCCCAGCGUGUCUUAAGCUAACAGGCAGCUGAGCAGAUCUUUUAUUGCAAUUGUAUGAUUUCUUUUUAUAUGUAUAUCUUUGCUAAAGUAACAUAGCAUUGAGGAUCAGUUUUACCUCACCUAUUGGACUGAGCAGGCAGAAUUUGUUUUCAUUAACAUAUUAGGAAUGUACGGCACAACUAUAGAGGAAAGAAUCAUUAGACAGGAUUUUUUUAAGUAAAUUACAAAUAUUUCAAACAGAUUUGGGUUUAUCAAAAUACACAUGCAAACAUCUGACGGGACAUUUAAACUUGAGGUUCGUCUAAAAAAGCAUCCUGGAGAUCUAGUUGUAGGUUUUUAAAAGGGCAUUAAAAUCUUUUGUUUUGCUCUUUCAAGGAGAGGUGCACUUUAUUGUUUUUUCUUUUUUUUAAAGCAUUUUUAAAGUGACAAAACCCAUUUAAUUUUGUCACUGUAACUGCAAUUAAUUAAUUAAUUAAUUUCCCUCAGGGGGAAAAUUUACAGAAAGAUCUCUAAGGUAAAACACUGCCUUGAAAACGUAAAACAAAAAAAAUAUGCAUUUUAGUCAACACAAGUCAUUUUUCCUAGUUUUUUCUUCCUGUUGAGAUUUGGGCAUUUUGUAAUUUCGUAUUUCUUUAGCAGGACACUGAAUUUUAUUCGACCUGCUUUGAUCAGCCAGCACCACAAUUUAAUACACUAAAUAAAUAAAUCUUUAAAUAAUUUUUUAUUUUGUUUUAUAAUUGGAGGUCUGGGGAAAUAAGUUGCAUUUCAUCAACAAAUAAAUAUGCUCCUAAUUAUUUAAAUGUGUAAAGAAAAAUGCAUAUUUAAAUGUGAAAUUCAUUUUAAAGUUAUAAUAUUUCUUUAGUUAAUUGUUCCAAUCUGAUAUAAUGCUAAUGUAACAUUUGAUUGGUUCAUCUUCACAGCAUGUCAGAUUAUAUUGUGAAAAGCAGUGGUUGCUCCACAUCUGCCCUUAAAGUCAUAAUGUUGAAGUUUGCAACCAGAAAUAAUUAUUCAAUAUUACGUCCUUUUUGUAAAUAUUCUUACUAACGGCAUGUUGGAUUUACAUUCAUUAAGUUAUUUCUAUAGAUGAUUUCAAUUUUAAAGGACAUGCUAUUAUUUAAGGAUUUAUCUAGAUUGGAAAUUGUGACACAUUUGGGCUUCCAUAGGGAGAGCCUGACUUAAAUGUGCUGCAGUGAAGCGAGGGUUUUUCCAUUCGGUCCUCCUCACCAUACUGCAUUGUUGGGGGUCAGGGGUCAUUCGCAUUAGCCCUGCCGCAGGUCACAGCGCGCUUUUAAUCCCGUCGGUUCAGGGAAAUCUCCAGCAAACAAACCCGGAUCGUUUUUCUCAGGGACCUCAAAUCUUGGCUCAGAUUUUCUCCGCUGCGGCCUCCGUCGCUUGCUUUUUCCGGCAAUUUUCCCCGUCACUGUCUGCUCGUCUGUCGUUUAGGUUUCCUGAUUUUUGCAGAGAUCUUCGCUUUCUUUUUUUCUUUCUUUCUUUCCUUUCUGGCUGUAGAGGAGCUUAAGGUUCGGAUAAGCAUUCUAGAUCUUUCAUACGGAGAUGUUUCAAAAUUUGUCUUAAGGUUGGUUUUUUUUUUUAAGCUUUGCUGUCCCACACUCUUCUGUUUCUUAAACUAUGAGGUUUAAAAAUGAUUUUAACACUGCCAAAUAAUAAAACUAAAUAUGAAAAAAAAAGAAAAUCUAAGAAAAACCUGAAUCCUCCGAGUACAGGCUCCCAUCAGGAGUCGCACUGAAAAUAAUUUUCGGCAUUUCAUUUUUGCCUUUGUUGGAAUUGUUUACUAAACCUUUGGAAUUGUUUACUAAACCUAAAACCAAAAAUAUUGUUUCACUAUUAAUCUGGCUUUACUCAGCUGCAAACUAAAACCUGUUGAAAUGGAUCAGUUCAUGCAUUGUCGCCUAGUGACGAUUUAUUUUUAUCAAGGUGUGCACUUUAGGAUGGUUUUAUCCCUGCAUUGGGUUAACAUAAAAAAAAAACAUAUGGAUAAAGAAUCAAACUUUGUUAGAAUUUUUUUCUUUACAUUUCAACAUUUGUUAAGGAAUCGCUCCAUAAGGAUUUUAUUCUUCUUACAGGAAACAUUUCUGAACACAGUAUCUGUUUCCCUAGAGGUUUUAAUUUCACUUUAAUUGCUAUUUUGUUUUUUUUGUUUGUUUUUGGGGGGGGGUUGACAUUUGAGUGGAUCAGGGGAAAAGAACCCGCUCUGCUGAUCAGGUAUUGGAAUUGACCCGGACGUAAAGUUGAAUGGGUUUCAAUGGAGCCUCACCGCUUACCGCGUCAGUAACCGAACCCCCCGCCCCCAAGGGUCUUGUGCUUCUGUAACGCCGUGUUGAAGUUCCUGCUUUAUCCCUCUGGUGCACAUCAAACGUCACGCAGUCGUAAUAAAAUCUUUAGUCUGUUUUUAAAGAUUUUUCCUUUCUAAAUCAUGGAUUUUAUUAGGAUUUUUAAGAGUCCGCCUUUGGGUUGUUUGUGACGAAAGCGUUUGUGGAGCAACUUCGUUUUGGGUUGCCUUUGUUCAGAGAUGUUGGUCCAGGUUUUCCCUUCGUUUUUCUCUGCCCGUUUUUUCUCGUAACGUUUGAACGUCAAACGUGGGACUGAAGUCUUUAGGUUCUGGUGCAAUAAGUGGACGUUGGAAACUUUUUGGGAACUGAAAGCACACCCUGUGUUUAUGUGUUUGUGGGGGGGGGCUUUCAGAUUUGGAACAAAGUAGAGAAUUCUCAUGAUUAAGAUGUGCUGUACAUAUCCAUUUAAUAAAAACAAAACUUUUGUUAGAA